UGUUUUCUGACCACUUUUAGCUCCGGUUUGGUGUUUUCUAAGCGUGUGUGUGUGUGUGUGUGUAAAGUCAUGUCCAGCAGGUAUCAGAUCGUGGUUCAGGGCGAGGCGUCAGAGACGGACUCAGACGAUGAAGUAUACCUCACAUCCACGGCGCAGCCCGUCGCAGCUGGAACCAAGAUUCCAGGAGAGGCUUCUGAAACAGACAGUGAGGGUGAGACGGAGGAUCAGACACCAAGUAAAGUUUGCCCUGAUGUCCUCAGCCAGGCGAGCACCCCCAUAUUCAGGAGAGACCUGCCCCCUCUCAUCAUAGUGCGAGACCACCCUGACAUACCAUCAGUCGUGGAAGACAAGCCAAGCCCCACCCACAAAUCUCAUGGCAACACGUUGUUACAGCAGAAGCUGCAAGAGUCAAACAGCCGGCUGUAUUCUGACAUGGGACAGACACUACGACAGGUUUACGGCAGUGCCAACCGAGAGGUGCGCAGUGCAACAGCUCAGCUCACGACGUCUCAGAGUGCCAUCAUCAACGCUUCCCACAGCAUCCGAUUAAUCCUGGAUGACUUGAAGGCGGUGUCAGAGAAGAUCGACAUCAUCACCAGCUGUCACCUGCUGCCAGACAUUAACAUCGAUAGUUUGCCCGACACGCCGUCUGUACCGUAAGACAGAUAUCAGUAUCAGGUACAUGACGGUGUAAUCGUAAUUCCCUCCACGGCUGAGGUUCUUGUGUGAGCUUUGCCUCGGCUUUUCUGUUGCUGGCUGACUGGAAAGCUAAUGAACAAAUUUUUAAUUAACAUUGCAGAAUUAUUGCUUUUCAUGAGGUGUUCGGGUCGGGUUGGCAUAGCAACUGGAUCAUGUGACUGAUGUUGGUGAAA